AUGCUAUCAAAAGUGGCCUGCGACCAGGAAAAUUCCAAGAAGCCGAAGACGUUAGAAGAAAUCCGAGAUAAGGCCACAGGACAGAUCGAGAUAGAGGAAUUGCGGGAAACACGGAGGAGUGAAAAACUGCCAUCACGAAAAGAUGAUGACAAGCCGAACAGGUCUAUUAUUAAAGAUAAUAGAAAAUCUUUUAAACUAACUCCAAGAUUUGACUCAUAUACCAGGUUCAACGCAAGAAGAGAGGACAUCAUAAAUGACAUAUUGCACAACAGACUCAUAAAGCCACCAGUAAAAGCAGGAACAUAUCAAGAUCAAAAGUACGUAGACAAAGAAAAGCAUUGUGCAUUCCACCAGAAGUUCGGUCACACCACGGAUGAGUGUGUAGUAGCAAAGGACCUAUUGGAGAGACUGGAAAGACAAGGACUGCUAGACAAGUACAUCGGCUCAAGGAGCCAGAAGGAAACAGUUGACACGAGAGGUUUCGCCGGAGGAGGAAUGACAAAUGCGGCAAGAAAGCGAAGCUACAGGGCCAUGAUGGCAAUGGAAAAGACGCAGCAAGAUUGUUCGGUCCCGAAUUCUCCGGCCAACAUCAGAUUCAGUACAUCCGACUUAAAAUCACGAGUUCCAAAGCUAGACGACCCAAUGGUAAUCUCGGUAAACAUGGGAGAAAUGACAAUGAAAAAGGUGUUACUUGAUCCAGAAAGCAGCGCCGAUGUCUUGUUCUACUCCACAUUCAAGAAAAUGCAGCCAAGAGAUAAGUCAUUACAGCCAUCAGGAGGAGAACUAGCAGGCUUUUCAGGCGAAAGAGUACCCAUAUCAGGAUACAUCUGGCUGAGAACAACAUUAGGAGAACCCCCAAACUCCAAAACACUGGACAUUCAGUUCCUAGUGGUCGACUGCGCUAGUCCUUACAAUGUCAUCUUCGGACGACCAUCGUUAAACUCCUUCGGAGCAAUUGUUUCCACCAUCCAUUUGUGUAUCAAGUUUCUCUUGCAGGAUGACAGAAUAGCAACAGUCCACGCCGAUCGUAGGGAGGCCAGACAAUGCUACAAUGCUAGCUUGAAGAUCACAAAGGAAGGCAUCCCGAGAAUCAAUUCGGUAUAUAACUCGGAGCAUACCCCGCAACUAGCUGAGAUGGAGACGACCACAGCCACCCUUCACCAACAGACGAUCUAG